AUGCAGCCGGAAAACGUGUUGUUCACUUCCGACUGGAAGCUCAAGCUGGCGGACUUUGGCGUCUCCAUCGACCUCUCCAAGGAGCGAGCGGUCACACGCACCGGCACUGUGACCUAUAUGGCCCCGGAAGUCGCCCGCUGUCCCCUCAAGAUCCAUCCGGAGGACAACAAGCUUGAUGAACACCUCGCGUACGGCACCGCGUGCGACAUCUGGGGCUUGGGAGUGCUGACGUACGAGCUUCUUGUUGGGUUCACACCCCUGAAUGCGCCGGCGCUACCACCGCCACCGUACGACGGCGGCAGCAGCUGCAGCGGCGGCGGCGAAACGGCGGCGAUGCAGACUCAGCCAGCGCUCAUCUUUCCAAGUUGCAUGUCACGGGCGUCCCGAGAUUUCGUCGCGCGGGCUCUUGCCGUGGGGGCUCUCUUUGAUGAGGGAGUACGAUAA